AUGAAGGCUUAUUUGAGAUAUGAAGGCAUUGCUAGAUAAUAAUAUCCUUAAUCUCCAUUAUAAGUAGAACCCAAACCAUUAUUUACUAUGAUGCCUCGUCGUAAAACUGCUUAAGCACCAUUUAGAAAAAGCUUACAUCAAAACAAAUCACCCAUGAAUUUCGAUAGAUAAUUCGUUCUUGAAGAGUUAAGAAUUGCCAAUGCAUCUCUUUAAGAAGUUAAUAAAGAAUUAUCAUAAUUGAAUGAAUCCUUACAUGAACAAAUUCAAAAAUUGUAAGAAUCGAACAAGGUUUUACAAAUACAGAUCAAUUAAAUGACAAUUUAAAUUGAUGAUUUAAAAAUUAACAACAGACAUUUGAGAUCCUAAGAUAGCAGUUUACAUUUGCAGUCGAAAACAUUUGAUUAGAGGUUCAAACUAAUUGAGAUUUAAGAUUUCAAGAUUAAAAUAACCACAUUGUGUAUCUACAGUUACAAUUAAGAAAGUUAAAUGAGUAAUUAGAGUAGAAAAGAACCUUAGAAAGUAAACCCAUAAAAAUGCAAUAACUAGCUCUUAAAGAAUUCGAUAGCAUUUGCGUAAUCAAAUCAUUAUAAAUGAUAGUUAGAUCUGAAGAAUUAUAUUAUUUGUAAGUUGUGUCAUUAGGAAUUAAAAGAACCAGUUACUGUGAUUCCAUGUGCACAUUCGUAUUGUCGAUCAUGUAAGAAAGGUUAUAUGGGCCAUUGUUUCAUUUGUGGUCCUGAUGAAUAAAUUGAAGCUACCUAUGCUAAUAUGUUGUUGAUUCCUAUGAUUGAGUUAUUCAAAAAGACAUGUCAAAUAAGAGAAAUAUUUAAAUGAUUUUGAUAUAUUUUAUAUUUAGA